AAUACGCUGAAGGUCUCUCUGGUCUCCAUUCUUCAUACACUACUUUGCUAAGAAUCAAGAAGAGUUCACCCUCAUCUGCCUUUGGUUCCAAGACUAGACCACGAUAUAGCAAUCCUUCAUUGGGUACUCUGAGUGUUUCUCCACCCAGCUGGCGAGGGACAGCCCAACAGUACCACUCCCCCAUCAAUCUUUAUCAUUCCUCAGAUGCCUUCAAACAAGAUGAAAGCGUGGACUACGGACCAGUGUUUGUACAAGAACCCGAUGAUGUCAUUUUCCCAACUGACUCUGAGGAGAAGAAGGUGUCCCUGAAUUGUGAAGUUCGUGGCAACCCAGCUCCUACUUACAGAUGGCUCCGAAAUGGAACAGAAAUAGAUUUGGAGAGUGACUAUCGUUACAGUUUGAUAGACGGCACCUUUAUUAUAAGCAACCCGAGCGAGGGCAGAGAUUUCGGUCAGUACCAAUGUUUGGCAACCAACACUUUUGGAAGUAUUCUCAGUAGAGAAGCCAUGCUUCAAUUUGCCUAUCUGGGAAAUUUUAGUGGCCGGACGAGAAGUGCUGUCUCUGUGAGGGAAGACCAGGGGGUUGUCCUGAUGUGCUCUCCACCUCCUCAUUCUCCAGAGAUCAUCUACAGCUGGGUGUUUAACGAGUUCCCUUCCUUUGUGGCGGAAGACAGCCGGCGGUUCAUUUCCCAGGAGACGGGAAACCUUUACAUUUCUAAAGUGCAAACAUCAGAUGUUGGUAGCUAUAUUUGUCUGGUGAAAAACACAGUGACGAAUGCUCGAGUGCUCAGUCCUCCAACGCCGCUCACCCUGAGAAAUGACGGUGUGAUGGGAGAAUAUGAGCCGAAAAUUGAGGUCCAUUUUCCGUUCACGGUUACAGCUGCUCAGGGAACAACUGUUAAGAUGGAGUGCUUUGCACUGGGCAACCCUGUUCCAACCAUCACAUGGAUGAAGGUUAAUGGUUACAUUCCUAGUAAGUCUCGUCUGCGGAAAUCUCAGGCUGUGCUGGAGAUUCCAAACCUGCAGCUGGAGGACGCUGGCUUUUACGAAUGCACAGCUGAAAACUCCCGUGGGAAGAACUCCUUUCGUGGACAGUUACAAAUAUACACAUACCCACACUGGGUAGAAAAGCUGAACGAUACCCAGUUGGACAGUGGGAGUCCCCUCAAGUGGGAAUGUAAGGCUACCGGGAAGCCCAAGCCCACGUACCGCUGGCUGAAGAAUGGAGCCCCACUCCUGCCGCAGAGCAGGGUUGACAUGGCCAAUGGAGUGUUGAUGAUCCACAGUGUGAACCAGUCAGACGCCGGAAUGUAUCAGUGUCUGGCUGAGAAUAAAUAUGGAGGCAUUUACGCGAGCGCUGAGCUGAAGAUUCUUGCUUCAGCUCCCUCUUUUGCACUGAGCCAAGUGAAGAAAACAAUAAUUGUGACCAAAGACCAGGAAGUCCUCAUAGAGUGCAAACCCCAGGGCUCCCCGAAGCCAGCCAUCUCCUGGAGGAGAGGGGACAAGGCAGUGAGAGAGAACAAAAGAAUAGCUAUUCUUCCAGACGGAAGUCUUCGGAUCCUAAAUGCCUCUAAAGCUGAUGAGGGAAAGUACAUUUGCCGAGGGGAAAACAUCUUCGGUUCUUCAGAAAUUAUAGCUUCUGUAUCUGUUAAAGAACCCACCAGGAUAGAGCUUACUCCUAAAAGAACAGAAUUAACAGUAGGAGAGAGCAUUGUCCUCAACUGCAAAGCCAUUCAUGACUCCAGUUUGGAUGUCACAUUCUACUGGACACUAAAAGGACAACCUAUUGAUUUUGAGAAAGAAGGUGGACAUUUUGAAAGCAUCAGGGCCCAAGCAUCCUCUGCAGAUUUAAUGAUCAGGAACAUCCUUCUGAUGCAUGCUGGGAGAUAUGGCUGCAGGGUACAGACCACAGCAGACAGUGUGUCAGAUGAGGCAGAACUUCUUGUUAGGGGUCCCCCAGGCCCACCUGGGGUAGUCAUUGUGGAGGAAAUCACCGAAAGCACAGCCACUCUCUCGUGGAGUCCAGCAACCGACAAUCACAGCCCAAUUUCCUCUUACAACCUCCAGGCCCGCAGCCCCUUCUCCCUGGGCUGGCAGACUGUGAAGACAGUUCCAGAAAUCAUAACGGGGGACAUGGAGUCAGCCAUGGCUGUGGACCUAAACCCCUGGGUGGAAUAUGAAUUCCGAGUGGUGGCCACCAAUCCAAUUGGGACCGGGGAUCCAAGCGUGCCAUCUCGAAUGAUCCGUACAAAUGAGGCAGUUCCAAAGACAGCACCUACCAAUGUAAGUGGAAGAAGUGGAAGACGGCAUGAGUUGGUUAUCGCCUGGGAGCCAGUAUCUGAGGAGUUCCAGAAUGGGGAAGGCUUUGGCUAUAUCGUGGCAUUCAGACCCAACGGAACACGUGGCUGGAAGGAAAAGAUGGUAACAUCCUCUGAGGCUUCCAAGUUCAUCUACCGAGAUGAAAGUGUCCCUCCUCUCACUCCCUUUGAAGUGAAAGUCGGUGUCUAUAAUAAUAAAGGUGAUGGGCCCUUUAGUCAGAUUGUAGUCAUCUGCUCAGCUGAAGGAGAACCCAGUGCUGCUCCCACUGAUGUCAAGGCUACAAGUGUGUCUGUGUCAGAAAUUCUUGUUGCAUGGAAACAUACUAAAGAGAGUCUAGGAAGACCACAGGGCUUUGAGAUUGGUUACUGGAAAGACAUGGAACCAGAAGAUGCCGCAGAAACAGUCAAAACCAGAGGGAAUGAGUCCUUUGUCAUCUUGACUGGAUUAGAAGGCAACACACUGUACCACCUCACCGUCAGGGCUUACAACGGCGCUGGAUAUGGGCCACCCAGCACUGAAGUGAGAGCAACCACCAAGAAAUCCCCCCCUAGUGAGCCACCUGGCAACCUCAGGUGGGAGCAGCAGGGCUCCCAGGUUUCCCUGGGCUGGGAGCCAGUCAGACCCUUAGCCAAUGAAUCUGAAGUCAUGGGUUACAAGGUUUUUUAUAGGCAAGAGGGUCACACCAGCAGUCAAGUCAUUGAAACACAGAAACCUCAAGCUGUAAUACCACUCCCUGAUGCUGGAGUCUACAUUAUUGAAGUUCGGGCAUACAGUGAAGGAGGGGAUGGAACAGCUAGCUCCCAAAUCAGGGUACCUUCAUAUUCAGGUGGGAAAAUCACGAGUGCUCAGUCAACUCUGCACAGCCUCUCCGCGUCAUCCUCAGUGACGUUGAUCUUGGCUUUGAUGCUUCCCUCCCACUCCUGGUGAACGCUGUGGAUGCUGUUUACUCUCCUCUGCUCUAGCUUGAGAAAUCAACAGCAGAUAAAUUGUGAAGUGAGUGGAGAUCCAGGGUCCCAAGAAGAGUUUUGAACACUUGGGACUGCGUAGAGUGCACUUACAGGAGCUUAGGGGGAAAUACGACUUACCCAUCAGGUUUCUCUUUGGUUUUUGUAAAUGGAGAGGACAGUUCUUGGUCCAAUAAAAAUAUGCAGAUUGUAUGUAAUGAAUUUUUGUAAGCAAAGGUAAUUUGUCAGAUGUAUUCUUAAUUUUUUAAUAUGUUGGAAUUUGAUUUUCUAUCUGAUGACUCUGAGUGCCAUCCAUUUGUUACAGACAUGGUCUCUAGUAGACCUGUUUCAAAAACAAAUACAAACUCAAGAAAGAAACACUUUCUUAGGACUCUGAGUCCCAGUGGUUUUCAAUUUCCCUUCAGAUCACUAUUCCAAUGGUUAAAUCAGCAAGAGAUGUGAAGAAAUACUUCAGACAUGAGGGUCCAUGAUAAAAACAGAAAAAAAAAACCCUCAAAAACUAUUGUGUGAAUGCCUAGCAAAGGAGAAGAUUCCGUCAAUAUGCUAUUGUAUAUGCAUUGCAGAGUAAGUAUUAAGGUAGGGAAUAAGCCAUUUAUAAUAGUGUAGGAUAAAUAGAAAGAAUGCAAAUUAGCUUACUGUUUUCCAUCAAGUACUAUGUGAUCUAGCAGCAAAUGCAGCACAUACUUAAUGACAGAAAUAGCUUAAAGUCACAAGAUAUAUGCUCACUGAACACUGUAAAGAUAUGCUGCCACCAGUGCCAAUUUAUAAGUGCAGGGAAAAGGAACAGGGCUAUCCCCACUUCUCCACCCACCAUCAAAUGGAUUUGGAAUUUACAAAGCUUUCUUCUACGUGAAAAUAGUUGUAAGGAUAAGGAGAGUUGGUGGAGCAAAUUCUGAAGCAAAUGAUAAAAAACCUGAGUGUUUAAGACACUUCUAUACCAUCACAUGCCACUUAUGAAAUAUAAUCAACUGCUUUAAAAAAAAAAAAAAGAGUCUGGAUUGGCUUUUACAAUCAAUCCAUGGAUGGGCGUGUGGCACUGCUAGGCUUCAGCUAGCCUCGCCUAACCUGCAUUACUGGAUCCCAUGCCUUCAGAGAUAAUCCCCGCUGGCUACUUUGAGGAGUCAAACCCAACCUAAGUGAUUCUAACACAGAAAAGCUAAGUGAAGUCACCCUGCUUCAAGCUAUGAUAGAACACAGAGCAGCAGGAUGUGCUGGGGUGGUUUUAUACUUAUGAAGGUUGCCAGAAGAGAUACUGCAACCUCAUUACCAAAAGGAACCAGGAGACACUAGUUAUACAGGUGAUGUUAUUAAGAGGACAAAAAGCAGUUUCUCUUCAUUUAUUUGCCUUUAUACAGUCUAAGCCUGUUUAUUUGCAUCUUUAAGAACAAAAAAAAAUGGGAAUAUUGAGCUCAACUCACUGUCUCUCAAGGCUAAUCUUUGCAGAAUCCAAAGGGAGAUUACAGUUUCUGUUCUGAAUGUCCUAAAAGAUUCUUUCCAGAGUACAAUGUAACUAUACAUCAAUUACUCAUGUUCUACUUGGAAAGAAACAUGUCCAAGACUCCCCUAAAUAAACGGGACAUAUAAAAGACUAUUCAGUCAACAGACUGUUACAGUAAACCCUACAGACUGACUAUUCAAACCUUUGAAUAAGAACAACCAAGUGGCCUUUCUUGAGUGCCUCCUGAGGAGGAGAGGCUGGACUUCACAAAUAGGGAGACACUCUCUAGGAAGCCAACAUGUGCAUCCUGGAGUAUGGUGUCACUUCCAAGAACAAAUCAUGCAUCUGAAAAAAGUACAGAAAGAUAUUUUUUAAAAAGGAAUAUGUUUUUCAUAUUUGGUGAAUCAAGCCAUCUCCUUCACUGAUCAUUAAUGUUCUAUUCUGGAUUUAUUGAAGAAUUUUAAGAAUCAGCUUCUAACUAAACUCUUCUAAAGCAAAGCCCAGUAAAAUAAAAUGUCACAUAUGACAGAUUCAGAUUAAUAUUUCCAAAUAGCCGACGAAUGGUAAAUCUCUGCCAGAGUACUCUACAUAUAGAAUGUCUGAUGCUUUAUUCUUACAGAAAUAAAAAAACAUGGGAUGUUUUUACUUAACAUGCACAAAAUACGUAUUUUGUGUCCUGACCCUAUUUAAAAAGAAACAGGUUUCAAUGUAUCUGUAUUUAUGUAUUGCAUAUUUGUUAUUUUGUAGAAAGUAGACCCCAUUCCUUAUCAAGGCACAUUGUUUCUCAACACGGUUCUGAAUGAGGUUUUUCUUGGAUGGAAUGGGAACCACAGUCUUCAAUCCAUACAGAGACUGUAUUUUUUAUAAUGUCCAAUGAGCUGUGAAGAAAACAGCACUCCUUGUCUGUAGAAAUUUCAUGAAAGCAAGUAUUCCACCUAUGUAACUGAAGGUGCUGUGGAUUCCAUGUCAAACCGUUAAUAUAUUGUAUACAAUCUGUAUAUAUACUAUAUAUAUAAUGGUAUAUAACAUGUGGAAGGCACAGUCAGAUAAUA